UUUUUUUAUUAUUAUUGAGUGACGACUGUUGUUACAAUGGGGUCGUCUAAGAAACACAAGGAGAAGAGCCGCGACAAGGACACCGAGGAGCGCCGCCGUGAGCACAAGAAACAUCGCCACAAGGACCGGGAGCGAGAGAGAGACGCCUCGGACCGGGAUUCGACCCGGGACAAAGAGAAACGAAAACGCUCCAGGUCCAGAGAAAGGAGCGGACGAGAGAGCCGGGGCAAAGCUGAGCGGAGCAGCGGGGAGCCACGAGUGAAGAAGGAGAAAGUUGAUGUUGGAUAUGAAGAAAGCAGUGCAGACGUGGGCCCUCAGUCUGCGAGCGGAGACGCAUCCCUCAGCAUUGAGGAGACAAACAAACUCCGAGCCAAGCUGGGUUUGAAGCCGCUGGAGAUGAAUGAGAACAAGAAGGAGCUCGGCACUAAAGAGGAACCAUUGGUGGCUGAGACCAUCAACCCUGUUCUCAUCCACCAGCAAAAAGAGAUGAGAGAGAAGCUCGCAGCCAUGAAAGAAAAGCGCAUCCAGAAUCAGAAACUGGGAAAAGUCAAGACCCUCGCAGAGGAAGACUGGCUGGAUGACACAAAAGCUUGGGUCGAAAGGAGCAGAACGCUGGCAAAGGAAAAAGAAAUGGCAGAGAAAAGAGCCAAACUUCUGGAAGAGAUGGACGAGGAGUUUGGUGUCAGCAGUCUGGUGGAGGAGGAGUUUGCACAAACUAAAAAGGAAGCCUACACAUCCCAAGAUCUGAAGGGACUGAAAGUGCAGCACAAGGUUGAUUCAUUCAACGAGGGCCAGACUGUUAUCCUGACCCUGGAAGAUAAAGGUGUGCUUGAAGAAGAGGAAGAUGUGCUUGUAAAUGUGGGUCUGGUGGACAAGGAAAAGGCAGAAAAGAACGUGGAGUUAAAAAAGAAAAAGCCAGAUUACAAGCCCUAUGAAGAAGAGGAGAGUGUGGAUGACAUGAUUACAUUCAAGUCUCAUUCCGUUCUGUCAAAGUACGAUGAGGAAAUUGAGGGCGAAAAGAAGAAGAGUUUCCGGUUGAAUACAGGAGGCUUCGCUGACGGAGAGAGAGAACGGGAGCUUCAGGCCAUGAGAGAGACUUUACGUAAUCAGGCCCAGUCCUUGGAAAUGCCCGCUCUCACCAUUGCCUCUGAGUAUUACACACCUCAGGAAAUGGUUGGCUUCAAAAAGACAAAACGCCGCGUGAAGAAGAUCAGGAAGAAGGAGAAGCAGACAGCUGCAGAUAUUCUGCCUGAUGACACCCGCAGCUCUGAUUUUGGAUCCAGGACACGCGGCCGAGGCCGCCACCAGGCCGAGGAAGAAGGUGAGGGAGUAAAGGAGGAGGAGGAAGAGGAGCAGCAGCAGGAGAGUAGAUUGGUGCAUAAUAUCCCCCAAAUGUCUGACGAUAUCAGGAUGGCAGAAAUGGACAUAAGUGACGAGGAAGACUUUACACCCCCCGAGCCAGCUGUACUUGAGGAGGAUGAGGCGGAGCAGGAGCUGCAGAAGCAGCUGGAGAAGCAGAGGAAGCUGAAGCAAAAGCAGCUUCUCAAAGACUCUGGAGAGAAGGUGGCAGAGCAGCUUAAAGUGCUCGAUAAAGGCAACAAUGACAAUGAUCCUGAGAGGAGGAACAACAUUGUUUUCAACGCCACCUCAGAGUUUUGCAGAACUCUUGGUGAUAUUCCAACUUAUGGACAGUCAGGCAACAGAGAGGACCAAGAAGACAUCAUGGACUUUGAAAGAGAAGAAGAAAAAGAUGACGCCGGAGAUUCAGACUCAGAAAUGGAUGAGAAUGUCGGAUGGAGCACAGUUAACCUGGAUGAAGAGCAGAAACAACCAGAUUUCUCCACAGCCUCUGCUACCAUUUUGGAUGAAGAGCCCAUUGUCAACUCUGGCCUCGCUGCUGCUUUGUUGUUGUGCAAAAACAAAGGUCUGUUGGACACUCAAAUGCAGAAGGUAGCUCGUGUUAGAGCACCAAAGGGCGCCUUGCCAAAUGACAACUACUGCAUCGAGGACAAGAUGGGCUUUGAUGACAAGUACAGUCGCAGAGAAGAAUACAGAGGUUUUACUCAAGACUUCAAGGAGAAGGAGAGCUAUAAGCCCGACGUCAAGAUCGAGUAUGUGGAUGAAUCUGGGCGGAAACUCACUCCAAAAGAAGCCUUCAGGCAGCUCUCACAUCGAUUCCAUGGGAAAGGCUCUGGAAAGAUGAAAACAGAGAGGCGGAUGAAAAAGCUGGAGGAAGAGGCACUGCUGAAGAAGAUGAGCAGCAGUGAUACUCCUCUGGGCACGGUGGCUUUGCUCCAAGAGAAACAGAAAUCACAGAAAACGCCCUAUAUUGUGCUUAGUGGGAGUGGGAAAAGUAUGAAUGCAAACACCAUCACCAAAUAAGUUUUUUGGGGGUGAGAGUGAAUGCUCUUAAAGCAAAUAUACAUAGAUGCUUAGAUACACACGUACACACAGGAUGUUUUACGUAAAGUAACUGUCUUUAAUUUCAUGCCUACUUCAUACAAGUUGCAUUGAUGUUGUAAGGAAUUGUCCAAUAAAAAUGGAUAUAAAGGA